UUUUUGAAGUUACAGACUAAUACGGCGGCGGUCUGAGACUUGUUGACUAUGCUUUGCUCACUGUUGAGGUAAGGGAAGGGGGCUGGCAUUGGGGCAUCUGUCUAUGAAUAGGUUAGUUGUUAAAGAUUGUCAGCUCCUAAUCAGAAGUUUCGUGGGAAAGAACAAAAGAAGAACUGCACCCGAGAUAAACCAGUUUUCUCUUCAGAGAACUUGAGUUUGAAGGAAUGCAGUUUCUCCACCAGAGGGAAUAAAUAAAUGAGGAUUUUAGACAGCCCCUUGAAAUACAAUGACUGGGUGAGUCAGACAGAUAAAGGAAGAUUAGGGAAGGAGAGAGGAGCAAAGGGAGAGAAGAGUUCUUGAUUGCAGGACCUGCCAUGGCUAAUGACAGUUGGCACUGGAGAAAGAGACUCCUUAAGUCGGAGGAGAAGCCAAAAGUUGCGAGAGAGAACCUAGACCUCUAAAGGACUCUGAUCAUAUCCCAAAGAAUACUUCCAUGUGCUCUUCUGAAGUGGUCAAGCAGAUUCCCUUAAAGUGAUCCUCUGAGUUACAACACAGCACCUUUUUCUUAAUUCAUGUCAUGACAAGCUGUCUCAAGGCAUGUCUUCGCUGUGGACUGGAUCGAUGGACAGUGGUCACUACAGCAGGGGUGUGUGAUGUAAAAGCAGUGGGCAGUCCUUGGCCCUCCCCCGCACUAUUGUAACGUCAUGUGCCAGUAUGACUAUUAAGGCAGAAACACAUACUUCAGUAUUCAGCAACCAAAGGAGAAGCUAAACAGGGAGAACAAAUGACUGGACUGCUUGCAAAACUUUGGGGAGCUAACUUUUUCUUCUCCUUCUCUGCUAUUGUGAAACAGCUGGAAGAACAGAACUGAAGCAGCAUUUUUUGUGGAUAUUUUUUUCUUUUUUUAAUUUAAUUUUUUCCCUUUGAUUUGGAUUUCAAUCUCUCAAACUGCACUGACCAUAAGUACUGGACAGCAAUAUGUGUCAUGUCAUUGUAACUUGUCGCUCAAUGCUGUGGACACUCCUGAGUAUUGUCGUGGCUUUUGCAGAGCUCAUAGCUUUCAUGAGUGCAGAUUGGCUAAUUGGCAAAGCCAAGCCGGUGAGCUCUGAGGAUGUGGACAACAGGACAGGAGGUUCACAGGAGCCUUACCAUCCAACUUUGGGCAUCUAUGGGCGUUGUACCAGAAUCCCCCAUAUGCAGGUUUCCAGACGAGACACGCUUUGUGGACCCUAUGCAGAGAACUUCAAUGAGAUUGCCAGUGGAUUCUGGCAGGCUACCGCUAUUUUCCUAGCUGUAGGAAUCAUGAUUCUCUGUGCUGUGGCAUUUGUGUCUGUCUUUACAAUGUGUGUGCAGAGUGUUAUGAAGAAAAGUAUCUUUAAUGUCUGUGGGCUGCUACAAGGGAUUGCAGGUCUCUUCCUUAUUUUAGGCUUGAUGCUGUACCCUGCAGGUUGGGGCUGUCAGAAGGCAAUAAGCUAUUGUGGACAUUAUGCUUCUGCUUAUAAACUAGGAGACUGCUCACUGGGCUGGGCCUUCUACACAGCAAUCGGUGGUACUGGUCUGACAUUCAUCUGUGCCGUCUUCUCAGCACAAGCAGAAAUUGCCACAUCCAGUGACAAAGUGCAAGAAGAAAUUGAAGAGGGGAAAAACCUUAUCUGCCUCCUUUAAAUACAAUGGAAAAAAAAUCAAUUGGUGCCUGAGAAACACAGACUUCAAUCUAUUUUGGUUUUAAAUAACUUCCUAGAAAGAUCCACAUACAGGCUUUCACGAUUUACGUGAUUAAGCCUUAUACAAUCUUGCCUUGAACUACUGAAGCAAUAUUCUAUCACUUGCUGGGCAAUGAGGACCAGAGGAAAGGAGGAUCUCAAGCAAACAGAGUGUAGAGAUGUGGAAAUUUUUGGUGUGACUACAUUGUCAGGACUCAGCACAAUAUACAAUUUGAGAGUGAGGCGGGGAAUGUAUAUAAUGAAUAAACGUUAUGUACCUGACAAUUUCUGAUUUGAUCAGAUUGCAUUCUCCACCUUGGUCAUUUUGAAGGAUCUGCAUUAAAAUAAUAAAAGCCAGCGUAUUUCUACUAUGAACAGGACUAGCCUAUUUAAUCAGGUUUUGUUUUCAAGGGCUUCACUCACUCGUGAACAUUUUACUGCCAUGUGGUUUGGUACUAUACUUUACAUAGUGAUGCUUGUUGAGUUCUAAAAUGACAAAGCACAACAGUACUUUCUGGAUAAUUAAAUGCAUGACAGAGAACAGGGCUGAGUAUUAAACUGUAAAGAAAUUGAGGCAGUGGCUAAAAUUAUUUAGUUUGUUCUGGCAUGAAAUAUCAGUAACAAGUUUGUAGGUACAUUAUAUUUUAGCAGCUAGACUUGUAAUUAAAUUAUUUUUGUCUCAGAGUGGAGCCAGGGGAACUGUUGUUAUGCUGGGGUUUACCUAUAUAAGAUACAAAUAGUAGAAGUAAUGCUUUAGUAUCUAAUGUGUGAAACACUGAACUUUGAUAUAGAAAUGGUGCAUUUACUAGCAAUCCUAGGAGGAAAAACACAAUUUUCUCUCUGCAGCACAGAGUUGACAAGGUUAUUUUGUGAAUGCCAACAAAUGUUGACAGUGCCUCACUCUUCCGUAAAAAUAUGAAUUGUAUAUUUAACUUACAAUAUUUCUCUGUUUGCCAAAAGAAACCUCAUUCUGAUUCUAUGGACCAACACCAUCCUGUGUCUAAAAGCCAGCUUAGUCUGUAACAGACACUCACUCAACAGAAUACAAUGUCAAUGUCAAAUUCUAAAUGUGUUUUUCACUUGUUUUAAUUAUAUUUGUUAUGGACCCAUUUCCAGAACAAUCAGCAGAAGCAGAAAUAUGGUGCGCCACAAAUGACAUUCCUUUCCAAAAAGCAUUCAGUUUAGGCAAAUAACUUGUAUUGGUUCUCCAAUUACUGGAAUUGUUCUUUAGAGUAGAUUAAAAGGAUAUUAGAAGAAAGAAUACUGAACUUUAUUGGGGAUGCAUGAGUACAAUGGAGGAUUUAUUUAAUAGAUAACUAUUCACUUGAUAUUUGGUUGUAAAAUUUAAUUUGAUAACAUUUUGAUUUUGAUGGAGAAAUACUAGCAUGCACUGAAGUCUGAGUUUAGUGUUAAAAAGCUAUACAGAACCACCAGACGUGGCCACAAGUUCUCUCCAUUUUUCUGUAACAUUAAAAAUCAAAUAACUUCUCUAGCUAGAGACUUAUGAUUAGUCCCUGGAUUACGUGAGGUGUGUGUGUUUUUUUUUUUUUUUUAAAGGACACCAAUUUAGUAUAGAAACAUGUGAAAGUUUUUAUUUUUGCUGCAUCUCUCUUGACCAGAGUUGAGGGAAAUGCAGCUUGCAUUAACCAUGCAUUGUCAAUGUUAACCAUUAAAUGUAACGUUUCUUUGAAGCUCAUACAAUCCCUAUGUGCUCUUUGAACUCUUAUCAGCUCCUGUAAAAGUCUCCUUCCCAGCAUACUUCGUUAUGCAGAACACUUCUUUAGAAAUAAUUGAUCUGUGUGAGAGAUUCUAGUAAGGGCUGAGGCCUCAACUAUAAAGAUUUAAAAAGACAAUGUUGCUAUCUUUUUAAUAAAUGGGUUCUAAAUGCCAGUUGGUGAUAAUGUUGCCUCUUAAUAAUCUGACAAUUUACUUUCUAAACUGCAAUAAUUUUGUUCUGGUCUGUUCCUGCCCUUAAGAGUGCCAUUUGUGAAGUAUCCAAAACUAAGCCCAUACAUAGCAGUGCUGCUGACACUUUGUUCUCCUGUGCACAUUUGUAAUGUCAGAGCAGAACGCAGUGUUGGAAAAAAAAAGGAAGGGGAUGAGAGUUUUGCCCUGUGGCUGGCAUAACACACUGCACAUCAUUGUGAGAACCCAGCCUUUCCUCUUGAUAAACUAGAAUCACACUUGAGAAACCUGUGUUUCCCACCACUCCGUACACUGCACACUUACACUUAUAAAGCGGGUAACUCACUUUUCUUUUAAUAUAAAAUAAUGCUAUGGGCUGGAACCAUUUAUGCCAAAAGUAUGUUUUUAAUCAAAUUAUAACCACUUGCGAAAACUGGUGAAUUAUGGCAAAAUUGGAGCCAGAGCAUCAAAAUUUGCCUUAUUUGAACUUGUGUUCUUUUGACGUAUUUCCUUGUACAUACACAAAAUACCUUAGGAAAGCAAAUUCUCCAAAUUUUCAAGCAUAUUAUUCAUGUGGAUGAAUCCAGUUUAAAAAAAGCAACCCUGUAAGAAUCAUCUUCCCUUAGAAUACAGAUGCAAGGUUGAUUGAUUGAUUGAUCUACAGCAGUGGCUACUUUAGAGCACUUCACCCAACUGGCUCAAUACAACUGGGGCACUUGAACAGCUAUGAUAUGGAACUUUUACUCAAAAGAGUGUCUUAAGUGCUGUGAACAGCACAUGGAAUUGAAGGCAAAGAUAACAUAUAUUUUAAAUGGUGUGAUUUGUUUUUCCUUAGGAAGAUAGUAUGCCAAUGUUAAAAAUCACUUUCACCAAAUCAUGACACGAUCUCAAUAUAGUGUCACAAAUAUGUUUAAAUGCCAAGUACUAUAUGAAGCAAUGACAGAUUACUGUUUUCAAAGGUGUAGUGCAAUGCUUACUUGGAUUGGAUUGUGCAUGCUCCACGUACUGUGUGAAUUAAAAAGUGAACAAUGUAUUAGGACAUAACUGUUAAGUCUUUACAAUGCUGAAAAUGCUAAUGUUGGGUUUUAUAGUAUUGUGCAUAAAGGACAUUUGUUUUGCAUGUGG